AUUACUGUUCAGAGGCGUUAUGGCCGUUUCCGGUCUUUUUCACAAAGUUGCUUGAGCAAAUAUGCAGCAAAAACGCAGAGAACCCGUGCACGCCGUGCAAGUUUUCGGACGCAAGAAAACCGCCACUGCUGUUGCUUACUGCAAGCGUGGACGUGGUCUCUUGAGGGUGAAUGGCCGUCCUUUGGAACAAAUUGAACCUAAAGUGCUGCAAUACAAAUUGCAGGAACCACUUUUGCUGUUGGGCAAGGAAAAAUUCGCUGGCGUAGACAUUCGUGUGCGUGUUAGCGGUGGUGGUCAUGUUGCACAAAUCUAUGCUAUUCGUCAGGCCAUUUCCAAGGCGCUGAUUGCUUUCUACCAAAAAUACGUUGACGAGGCCUCCAAAAAGGAAAUCAAGGACAUCCUCAUCCAAUACGACAGGACUUUGUUGGUCGGCGACCCACGUCGCUGCGAGCCGAAGAAAUUUGGUGGUCCAGGUGCCCGUGCUCGUUACCAGAAAUCAUAUCGUUAAGCUUUUAUGGCGAUAUGCGAUUAGUUAUAUUUUAAGGUGUACACUCUUGAAGGAAAAAAUACAUAUUUUCAUUUGAAAAAUGGA